AUGAAGGCCAGGGCCCUGCGGCAGAAGCAGGACGCCAGGCUGCCCGCGGGGAAGGCGCCGCCGGCGACCUGCGACUCCGACCAGAUCCUGACCCCCCCGCUGAAUGCCAGGGAGCCGAGGGAGACCUGCCGCGGCGGAAGAUUUCCGCAGGACUUAGUUUGCACUUGGGUUCCUGAGAACCGAACCACGAAAGCCCUGGCUGUAGACCCUCUGGUGUUGGAAUCCCCUCAGAGGUUCUUCUUGCGUGUAAAGCAGCAACGGCAGCAGCAGGAGCAAGAUCCAACACCUUCAAACCCAGUCCAGAAGGUUCCUCCUUCCACGGCUACAGAAAAGCCAUUAGUCAAAACUGCUUUUGCUAGGCAGCUCAGGAAUGAUCCUACAGAGUGUGUGGCUGCUGCUAAGAACGAUCGGGAUAAUUUCAUUGUGGAGUUGAUGGAUGCUGAUGAUGAACUGUCUCACAAUACAGUGACUGUGAAUGUAAGAUCCACCUCUUUUAAUGGUGAGGGUCAGUUAGAGGAAAGGUGGGGAGACAGAGGAGCGGAACACAGUGAACUUCAUGAAGACACAAGAGAGACGCAGCCAAGUAAUAAGCAAGAUGCUCAUGGAGUAGAAAAGAUACCGGACCCGAACUCUCACAAACCACAGUGCUUGUGCGAUAUUAUGCUCUUUUCGCCCAGAGCCUACGUUCCAAGGAAGCAAAAGCCGAAAGAAGGCCCUAAGGUCCCUUUGGAUAAACCUCACACCGAUCACGUUGCUGUCAAGGCAGACAAGGAGAGUAACGUCUGCCUAACCAGCUGGAGAAUUAAAGUGAUGGACGGUAACACUGCGAUAUAUGUUGAAGGAAAGCGGAAAGAUCUGAAAGAUCUGCACUGGCACAGCAACGCGGUGGUGGAACGCAUAGCGCGCAACCAAGUUAAAACAUCAUCUGGCAGCGUCUACUUGCUCCAGGGAAAUAUAGAUUCAGCUUCGAUGAGAAAAGAAGGAUUUCCCUACCGUUUCAUCAAAAGAUUCAUGUACGGGUUUUCCAAGAAGUGGAAGGAGUAUGUCGAGGAGUUUCUUGCGGAAAGAAGAAGGAAAGAACAAAACCAAAACACUAGCGAGGGUGAAGAUGAAGAGAGUGACGCAGCGGUGGGUGCAAACGUGUUGAAAAAAGCAGAAGAUUCAGCAAGAGGUGUAAAGAAACCCGAAACCAGAACCACUACCUCUGCUUCAGAACCAAAGAACAAUGAAAACGCUUAUACAACACCAAAACACAGUUCCACAGCGAAUGACUCGGACAGAGUUUACACUCGUAGUGGCCGUCUGGUUAAACCGCCGUUAAGUUUCUGGUGUGGGCAGCGGGAGUUUGUGGAUCAGAAUCUGAACGUUACUAUCCAGGAAGGUGGAAUCGAUUACCUGAGCAUGAUGUUUAGUAGUGAAAAACCCCCAAAACAGACCAGUUCCAUCUCUAAGAAGAAAACAAAGGAAGUAACGAAGACAACAGAAGAAACAACAAAAAGUCACAGUAAAGGGAAAAACACCAACAAAGGAGGAGGUUCCAAACAAGAAACCCAGUCUGCUGGGAGGAAGGAGGCCAGGCACUUCGUUUCCGAUGACGAAGGUUAUCAUGCGAUCAAUGGGACAGAAACUAAAGCACGGCUGUUGGUUAGGCUGAAUCGCUUAAGUACUGAAGUGCUCAACAAAAAUAACCGUGACAGCAGAAGCCCAAGAAUGACAAAGAAAAAGAGAGGAACAGAGAAUGGAGAAGUGCCGGUGUGGCAGCAGGCUGACAAGUACUCUUCAAGGUCAGCUAAACUUCGGGACAAGUGUUUAACAGAAGAAUCAUCAAGCAAAGAUGAGGAAGAGGAAUCCAGUGAAGAUACCCCACUCUCUAUCAAAAGGAAAAAUAAACCUUUAUUGAAACAAGAGACUCAAAACUCUAAAUCUUCCGCUAACUGUAAAAGUUCACAGGAGGAUGCAAACGAGGUGUCGUCUCAACAAAGGGCAGUAAAACGCUCCACUGCCUCCCAUAAUGUGCCGCUGAGGCAAAGUGGGCCCAAAUCCGAUGAUGGUUCUGAUCUACUUGAAGGAAAAACGCCCUCUAGCGAGUCCAGUACUUCCCCUCUGCCUGCUAAAGCAACAAGGACAAGGAGCAGAAUCAGCCCUCCGAGGUAUUUGCUCGACUCUGACACUGAGCCCAAAACCACUGAAGAGGAAAUUCACAUAAAAGAGAAGAAUUCAAAAGUAUCCGAUAAAAACCCACAUCGUAAAGUUUCUAAUACUACCAAGUCUUCAGCAGACAAAUCAAGAGAACGGGAGAGGGGAAAGGUGCCGAAAUCUCUGGAACUGUUUCCAAGGGCAACUGAUGUUUGGUCUGAAAAGGAAUUGCAGAUGCUCCACAGGGCCGUGGCUUCAUUCCCAAAGCACAGGAAUGGGUUCUGGGUGGAGGUAGCCAUGGCGGUGGGCUCUCGCUCUGCUGAAGAAUGCCAUCAGAAGUACAUCGAGGAGCAGCAGGCCAAAGGUUCCAAAGCGCGCGCCAAGAAGGCCACCACCGCUUCAGGAAAGGCAGAACAGAAAGAUAAGAAAGAGCCGGUUACGAUAACUGCCAAAGUGGGAACCUUCAAAAGAAAGCAGCAGAUGAGAGAUUUCCUGGAGCGUUUGCCGAAGGACAACCACGAUGAUAUUUUUACUGCGACGCCUUUUCAGAACAGAGUAGUGAAGUUGCCAAGGUUCCGGGGAAGCCAAGAUGACGACGACGACGACUUUGCGCUUACGGACGAGUCGCUCACACCUUCCUCAGUCACGGCGAAAACCCCUCAGUGUGAGCAUAUCAGCCCCGGUAUGCUGGUGCCCAUCAACAGGACUGAUUACGACCGGCACGUGUUCAGAAUGCAGAAGCGCAGGCAGGGCGGCAGAGGCACCUGGGACAACGUCAAGAAGUCGUCGGCUGGAGGCAUGCUCGGGACGCCCACCUCACGCAGAACCAAGUUCGGCUUCAAUAACCGAGCGCAGCAGGGCGCUGUGGCGGGGCAGCUCUUCGUGGUUGAAGCCGCCACCUCGUCGGACGAAGAAAACGACGAUUCCUACUUUUCUUUUUAA